CUGAAUAUCAGGGAACUUAUAGAUUAUUUAUCAAAUUUAUGUUAUCACAUGCUUAGUGAUAAACUUCAGUUAUUUUUUCCUUCUUUUCAUUACUUGAAUCUAGAGCCCAUACAUUUCUGUGUAAUUCUUCAUGAUUAUCUUUUAACUAAAUAACUGUGUCAUGAUGUGUUUUGUUUAAACAUUAAAGUUUGUUAUUUAGGCCUUGACAUGUAUUGUAAUAAAAUGGUUUUUUUAAUAGCUUGCAAUUAUAUAUAAGUCAAGUGACAACGUCGUUCAUGCAUCAAAAUUCAUAAAAUGAAGGUGGAAUAAAUAGAAUACUACAUAGAAAGGUCCCCGGUACAAUCCCCAUUUUCAUCAUAUUAUUUUUUUUAAACUUGAAAUUAAAUUUCCUCUCUUACAGUAAUGUAAUGCUUUGUAGACAAUUCGACAACAAGAUGAGAGGUCUAGAGGAAGUGAAGAAAAAAUAUUACAACAUUAAACAGAGAAGCAAAGAAAAACUUGAUUCAGUCAAAAAGCCCAAGACAGGAGGAGGUCCACCCCUCCCACCACUAACACCUGGGGAAGAGACUUUUCUGAACUUGUCAGUAGGCCAACCAAAUGUCCAUGGUUUAAAUGGAGGUGUUGAUACUGACGAGCAGCAGAUUCUUCAAUCAACACCAAAGUCACAAGAGCAAGCACCAUGUACCUCAGAUAGUGUGUCCCAUCAGCAGCCACAGGAAAACAUGGCAUCAUUGACUAUGAAUGAGACAUCUGGACACCAAUGUGUUAUUUCCACAAGCACAACUGAUAGGAGGAAAGGAAAAAAAGUAACUGAUUCCAAGAGAAAAAUACUGGAGGAAUUAGAGGAAAGGAACUUAAGUCUGGAUAACAAAAGGUUGGAAGAGGAGAUAUUAAAAGUGAAGGAGAAACGAGAAGUUUUAACCUUGCAGAAGGAAGUCCUUCAGAUGAAAAAACAGAAAUUAGUUUUUGAAAUCCAAGCAAACUAUCCCAGUUUUCUGGAGAUGGAGAUGUGAGAAGUAAAUUCAAAUUGAA